GGAUAAAAAGAUCUACCUUAUAUUCGCAAAAGAAAAAAUACAUAUACGAGUGAUUGUAUAGGGACCGCAAGGGCUCAUGGUUAGUUUUCAAGAUGGCGGACGAGCAAGAAUCUUCAACAGAUAUUUUUCAGGACCUUGAUAGCCUUGUUUGGGGUCCAAAUGUAAAAGAAGAAGUAUUUCAAAGAUGGACACGAGGGUUUAUAUUCAGUCCUGAUGAACCAACUGCUCUUGUCCAGGAACAAGGUGGUCCCUGUGCAGUGAUUGCUGCAGUUCAGGCUUAUAUGCUGAAAAAUAUAUUAUUUUGUGAUGGUACUGAUGCUUCAUCAACAGACUGGAAGCAUUUAUCAGAUGACCAGACCAAGAACAUCCUCGUUUGUACCUUGUGUCAGAUGCUUCAGAUGGCCAAGGAAGAGGAUGAUAGUAUAAUAUCUUUGGUUUUAUUAAGAGAUCACAUGCUGAGUAAUCUAAAGGAGCAUAGUAGUAUAGAAACAGAUGAUGGUACUUCCACAUGCCGUAAUUCUGAAUCACCACAGUAUCACAAAUCAGUAUGUGAACAGCAAUUAAAACAUCAAUCAAAUAAAGAAACUAUUAAUUUAUUGAGUCAGACUCAAUGCAACUCUUCCAGUGAAGCAAGAUCUUUGAUAGAAAGAAAUAUUCAUAUAUUUGAAGGACAUUUUGGAAUUCUAUUAUUUCUAUAUUCUAUGAUUCUUACGAGGGGCAUAAGUACCAUAAAAGAUGAAAUGGGAGAUCCAGGAGAACCUCUGGUGGAUGAAAACUUUGGUUUUGGAAGCCAGACCUUGAUAAACCUUUUAAUGACAGGCCAAGCUGUGUCAAAUGUAUGGAAUUUAAGUAAAGAAGUCAGUGGGUUAGAGUUAAAGGGCAUUGCUAAGCAGUCACAAGUUGGAUUUUUAACUUUAUUAGAAGCCCACAGAUAUUGUGAGGUUGGAAGUUUCCUAAAGUUUCCAAUCUAUCCCAUUUGGUUAUUAGGCAGCGAAACACAUAUAACAGUAUUGUUUUCUACUAAUCAGUCAUUGAGUGGACCAGAAUCCCCAAAAGAAGAGGCACAAAGGGUAUUCAAAUCAUUCGAUGAACAAGAAAAUGGAUUUAUAGAAAGUGAUAAAUUGACUGAUGUUCUACACAAACUUGGACUGGAAACAGAUCCUGAAUAUGUAACAUUCAUGAAAUCCAGACUAGAUCCAGACUCCAUCGGCAUCAUACUUCUUCCCAACUUCAUGGAUGAGUUUUUCCCAGGAGAGAGCACAUCCCAGUGGACUGGUCCUUUUACAGUGUAUCAUUACAAUGGUCUUGGGGUAAAGCAAAGUGAUUCUCAAUUACCUAGAAAGGUGAUGUACUCAGAAGGUAUUGCAUGUAUCGAACCAACAGACCUCAGUCAUAUUGCAGAAGAAGAAAUUAUCUCUUGUCUAAAAACUAAGUGGACAGGAAUAACUGUCACCUGGCACUCCAAAUACCCACCCUCUGUUAACUGAAAAAACUCAUAAAUAUUUAUCAAUAAACAUUUGGUGCAAUCAGAAUUAUCCAAUGCAUCACAACAUGGACCUUUCUACCUUAUAAGUUGGUAUAUUAUUUAAACGUUUUUGAAUUAUUCAUGGCUUUCUCAAGUUUGUCAAUAAACUUGCAUACUUAUAAUCCCUUUAUCAGGUUUAAUAUACACACAUUCCAAAAAAGCAUUGUUGGUUGGAGAUCUGAAAAUUGAAAUGAGACAAUUCAUGGUAGUGGUUCCCCUUAGUUACUGUCACUAUGUCACACAAGUUCAAUAAAUUAGCUAGAACAUCUCUGAACUUAAAACCCUGAUUACUGAAAAUUGAUUAUAAAUUGUUUCACUAGCUUACUGCCCGGUGAAAAAUAAGAGAAAAUUGCCUCGUAAUCCUUGUAUUAUUAUUUUUAAACAAAUACCGUGUAGCUUAUGGGACAUAAUUUUAUAGGUUAACUGCCACAAUGGUGUUUAGAUAACUAUUGUCCGAGUUGGAACAAUUGACUUACCAGUGCAGGUCAUUACUUAAAGGUGGUGCAAACCACUAAUUAAAAAGGCAAAACAAUUAUCACUUCCAUUCACAUUCAAAUUCACAGCUCACUGUGCACGAUUCAUUUCAUGUCUCAGAUUUCAGAUCUCUCUCGCCCAUCAGAAGACAGUAUUGAUCACUUGGAAAUAUAAUUCAUAUCUCUGUGCAUCCA